UCGGGCUGGACUCCGGGCAGAGGCACAUCGGGCUGGACUCCGGGCAGAGGCACAUCGGGCAGAGGCACACCGGGCAGAGGCACAUCGGGCUGGACUCUGGGCAGAGGCACAUCGGAUUACCAGGCGAAGCAGCAGGCAGCGGGCCACCAGGCGGAGCAGCAGGCACCGGGCCCCCGGCGGAGCAGCAGGCAGCGGGCCCCCGGGCGGAGCAACAGGCAUCGGGCCCCCGGGCGGGGCGACCGGCGUCGGGCCCCCAGGCGGGGCAACAGGCGUCGGGCCCCCGGGCGGGGCGACAGGUCUCGGGCCCCCAGGCAGAGCGGCGGGCGCCGGACCCCCAGAUGGAGCGACAGGUCUCGGGCCCUCAGGCGGAGCGGCGGGCGCCGGACCCCCAGGCGGAGCGACAGGUCUCGGGCCCUCAGGCGGAGCGGCGGGCGCGCCGGACCCCCAGGCGGAGCGACAGGUCUCGGGCCCUCAGGCGGAGCGGCGGGCCCCGGACCCCCAGAUGGAGCGACAGGUCUCGGGCCCUCAGGCGGAGCGGCGGGCGCCGGACCCCAGGUGGAGCGACAGGGUCUCGGGCCCCCAGGCGGAGCGACAGGUCUCGGGCCCUCAGGCGGAGCGGCGGGCGCCGGACCCCCAGGUGGAGCGACAGGUCUCGGGCCCUCAGGCGGAGCGGCGGGCGCCGGACCCCCAGGCGGAGCGGCGGGCGCCGAGUCACCAGGCUGGACAGCGGGCAUCGGGUCAUUUGGCUCGACCGCGGGCACCGCGUCAUCUGGCAAGGCAGUGGGCUCCGAGUCAACUGGUAUGACCGCGGGCACUGGGUCAGACAUUGGAUCGUCUGACUGGACAGCGGGCAUCGGGUCACCAGGCAUCAAGUCAUUUGGCUCGACAGCGAGCACCGCGUCAUCUGGCAAGGCAGUGGGCUCCGAGUCAACUGGCAUGACCGCGGGCACUGGGGCAGACAUUGAAUCGUCUGGCUGGACAGCGGGCAUCGGGUCACCAGGCAUCAGGUCAUUUGGCUCGACAGCGGGCACCGCGUCAUCUGGCAAGGCAGUGGGCUCCGAGUCAACAGGCACGACAGUGGGCACCGGGUCAUCAGGCAUUGGAUCGUCUGGCUUGACAGCGGGC